AUGGGUAUAUUCAACGCCGACCUGAGCGCCACUACGGUUGACAUCGAGGCCGGAGACGUGGGUUACGUACCAAAGACAACGCCUCAUUAUGUGGAAAACACCGGUACAACCGACCUUGUGUUUCUAGAGGUGUUCCCCACCGACACAUACCAAGGCGUAUCGCUGGCCACGUGGUUGGCGCACACCCCUACCCGACUGGUCAACGAGCACCUGAACACUGGCGAGCGAUUUUUAGCCGACAUUCCCAAAACAAAAGCAGUGAUUGAGCCCUGGAAUCGAAUGUGGUAUCCCAGUUAUGGCAUCAAUAAGCAAUCGGGGUCGGAAACUGGAUCUGAGCAAGAUCAAAUUAAUUAG